GAAGGCUUUCUGAUCCCAUUGGCUGAGAGGCCCAGCAGCCGUCCAAUCAGGAGACAGAGGGCCGCCGUCUCUCCGUGCUCACGCCGUGCUCCGCCCGCCGCGUCAUGUCCAUCCCCAGCAGCAGCCCAGAGAGGGAGAGCUCCUCUGGGGUUCAGCUCGACUGUCCCUCCUCUCCCCCCGGCAUGGAGGCAGACCCCCCAUCAACAGGCAGCCCAGUGCUCACCCCUGACUCUUCCUCCCAUGAUGCAUUGCUCUCUGCAGCGGCAGCCUCUCCUGCAGACUCUGAGAAUCUGAGCCCAGAUGAGCUGGAGCUACUGGCCAAACUGGAGGAACAGAACAGGCUGCUGGAAGCUGAUUCCAAGUCCAUGAGGUCUAUGAGCGGCUCACGGCGCAACAGCGGCUCCUCGCUGGUGUCCAGCUCCUCCGCUUCCUCCAACCUGUCGCACUUUGAAGAAGACACCUGGAUCUUAUGGGGUCGGAUCGUUAAUGAGUGGGAGGAGUGGAGACGCAAGAAGGACAAACUCCUCAAGGAGUUGAUCAGGAAAGGCAUUCCCCAUCAUUUCCGUGCCAUCGUUUGGCAACUGCUGGGCAACGCCACGGACAUGCCGGUGAAGAACCAGUACUCGGAGCUGCUGAAGAUGUCGUCUCCCUGUGAGAAGCUGAUCCGCAGGGACAUCGCCCGCACCUACCCGGAGCACGAGUUCUUCAAAGGCCAGGACAGCCUGGGUCAGGAGGUCCUCUUCAACGUCAUGAAGGCGUACUCCCUGGUGGACCGAGAAGUGGGCUACUGCCAGGGCAGCGCCUUCAUCGUUGGUUUGCUGCUAAUGCAGAUGCCAGAGGAGGAGGCGUUUUGUGUGUUUGUGCGUCUGAUGCAGGAGUACCGUCUGAGGGAACUGUUCAAACCCAGCAUGGCCGAGCUGGGCCUCUGCAUCUACCAGUUUGAAUAUCUGCUGCAGGAGCAGCUUCCAGAGCUGAACGUCCAUUUCCGCUCCCAGAGUUUCCACACGUCCAUGUACGCUUCCUCCUGGUUCCUCACCCUGUUCCUCACCUUCCUCCCUCUACCUGUCGCCACGCGCAUCUUUGAUAUAUUCAUGUAUGAGGGCCUAGAGAUCAUCUUCCGCGUGGGUUUGGCCAUCCUGCAGUACAACCAGACGGACCUCAUUCAGCUCGACAUGGAGGGGAUGUCGCAGCAUUUCCAGAAGGUGAUCCCCCAUCAGUUUGACAGCUGCCCAGACAAGCUGAUCCUCCGGGCCUACCAGGUCCGAUACAACCCCAAGAGGAUGAAGAAACUUGAGAAGGAAUACACCACAAUAAAGAACAAAGAAAUGGAGGAGCAGAUUGAGAUUAAGAGAUUACGAACAGAGAACCGGCUGCUGAAGCAGAGGAUCGAAACGCUGGAGAAGGAGAGCGCUGCUCUGGCAGACAGACUCAUACAGGGUCAGGUGACUCGUGCACAGGAGGCCGAGGAGAACUACGUGAUCAAGCGGGAGCUGGCUGUGGUGAGGCAGCAGUGCAACACGGCGAGCGAGAGCCUGGAGAAAGCCCAGGAUACCAUCAGGGAGCUGCAGCAGCAAAGGCAUACGGAGCAGUUUGUGAACGAUCUGCAGACGCAGCUGGAGGAGUCCCGUCUGCGCCAAGCCGAGCUGCUCGGAGCGCUGAAGGAAAUGCAGGACAAGGUCCUGGACCUGGAGAAGAAGAGCAACUGCCUGCCUGAUGAGAACAACAUGGCCGCCCUGCAGGAAGAGGUGAAGCAGAUGAAGCUGAGGGAGCUGGAGACGCUGCGCUCCUUCAGAGAGAUGCAGGACACCGUCACUGAUCUCAACCAGCGUUGGCAGCAUCACAUGUCGCGUGGCAGCAGCACGGGCGGCGGCCACUGGAAGGAAUCCCCGAAGAAGAACGCCAUGAACGAACUGCAGGACAAGCUGAUGACGGUCAGACUGAGGGAGGCUCAGGCCCAGGCUGAGCUCCGGGAGGUCAGGCUCAAAGGCCUGCAGCUGGAGAGCCAGGUCAGGUCCUAUGCUGCCCUGCAGCAGCGAAUAAAACGCCGACUGCUCGGCUGACGCCGCGCCGCACUUUAUAUUUUCUAUUCAGUUUAUUUCUAUAGCUCCAAUU